UACACACAUACACUGCCGCGGCCCCUCCCCGGGCUCGUUCCCGUGUUUCUCCAGCUUUCAUCGGCUGAAACAAGCGCACGGACCGCCGGCCAGAACCGGACCGGACUCGGGCUCGACUUCACGGUCACUAACGGCUUCGGUACCACCGGAAGUAGCGGUUUAUGACCCACUUGUGCUCGCGGAGCGUCAGUUGCAUUUAAAAGAAAGCAGUUAAAAGCAGUUUGAAGGGACUCCGUGGUAACGGUCGCUAGCUAACGCAACGGACAGCGUCUUUUUGGGGGUUGUUUUGGUCGGUUAACCGCGGAGGGUUCGGUGUUAGCAGCCAUGGUGGGGGGACGGACGGGUCUGGGACUAGUGGUUCUGCUGGGGCUCGGUCUCCAGCGGUGCGGGUCCUUUAACCUGGACGCGGAGAAACCCUCCGUGUUCUCCGGUCCCGAGAGGAGCUACUUCGGCUUCUCGGUGGACUUCUUCAAGACCUCCAACAACCUGAACUCAGACGUCCUGGUGGGCGCGCCGCGGGCCAACGCCUCGUCCACCGGCAGCGUGGUGGAGAGGGGGGCGGUCUACAGCUGUCCCUGGAAGACCUCCUCCGCCUGCCAGAAGCUGGAGUUCGACACCACAGGUACCAAAAACUGGACCAGGAUGAGGUCUCAGUCCUGCUUCUAG